AUGGCAGGGGUGCGACAGCCAGUGUGGAUGCCGGCUGUGGAGCUGGAGGACCCAAGUGCCCAGCAGAGUGCCACAGUAGCCAACCCGGUGCCCGGCACUAAUCCAGACCUGCUUCCCCACUUCCUGGUGGAGCCUGAGGACGUGUACAUCGUCAAGAACAAGCCGGUGCUGCUGGUGUGCAAGGCCACGCCCGCCACACAGAUCUUCUUCAAGUGCAACGGGGAGUGGGUGCGCCAGGUGGACCACGCGAUAGAGCGCAGCACAGACGGGAGCAGCGGGCUGCCCACCAUGGAAGUCCGCAUCAAUGUCUCGAGGCAGCAGGUGGAGAAGGUCUUUGGGCUGGAGGAGUACUGGUGCCAGUGUGUGGCGUGGAGCUCCUCAGGCACCACCAAGAGUCAGAAGGCCUACAUCCGCAUCGCCUAUUUGCGCAAGAACUUUGAGCAGGAGCCACUGGCCAAGGAGGUGUCCCUGGAGCAGGGCAUCGUGCUGCCCUGCCGCCCGCCGGAGGGCAUCCCCCCAGCUGAGGUGGAGUGGCUCCGGAACGAGGACCUGGUAGACCCAUCCCUGGACCCCAAUGUGUACAUCACGCGAGAGCACAGCCUGGUGGUGCGACAGGCCCGCCUGGCUGAUACGGCCAACUACACCUGCGUGGCCAAGAACAUCGUAGCACGUCGCCGCAGCGCCUCUGCUGCUGUCAUCGUCUAUGUGAACGGUGGGUGGUCGACGUGGACCGAGUGGUCCGUCUGCAGCGCCAGCUGUGGGCGCGGCUGGCAGAAACGGAGCCGGAGCUGCACCAACCCGGCGCCUCUCAACGGGGGCGCGUUCUGUGAGGGGCAGAAUGUCCAGAAAACAGCCUGCGCCACCCUGUGCCCAGUGGACGGCAGCUGGAGCCCGUGGAGCAAGUGGUCAGCCUGUGGGCUUGACUGCACCCACUGGCGGAGCCGCGAGUGCUCAGAUCCAGCGCCCCACAACGGAGGCGAGGAGUGCCGGGGCGCUGACCUGGACACCCGAAACUGUACCAGCGACCUCUGCGUGCACACUGCUUCCGGCUCCGAGGACGUGGCCCUCUACGUGGGCCUCAUUGCGGUGGCCGUGUGCCUCCUCCUGCUGCUGCUUGUUCUCAUCCUCGUUUAUUGCCGCAAGAAGGAGGGGCUGGACUCGGACGUGGCGGACUCGUCCAUCCUCACCUCAGGCUUCCAGCCCGUCAGCAUCAAGCCCAGCAAAGCAGACAAUCCCCAUCUGCUCACCAUCCAGCCAGACCUCAGCACCACCACCACCACCUACCAGGGCAGUCUGUGUCCCCGGCAGGAGGGGCCCAGCCCCAAGUUCCAGCUCACCAACGGGCACCUGCUCAGCCCGCUGGGUGGUGGCCGCCACACGCUGCACCACAGCUCACCCACCUCUGAGGCUGAGGACUUCGUCUCCCGCCUCUCCACCCAGAACUACUUCCGCUCCCUGCCCCGCGGCACCAGCAACAUGGCCUAUGGGACCUUCAACUUCCUCGGGGGCCGGCUGAUGAUCCCUAAUACAGGGAUCAGCCUUCUCAUCCCCCCAGACGCCAUACCCCGAGGAAAGAUCUACGAGAUCUACCUCACACUGCACAAGCCGGAGGACGUGAGGUUGCCCCUAGCCGGCUGUCAGACCCUGCUGAGUCCCAUCGUUAGCUGCGGGCCCCCCGGAGUCCUGCUCACUCGGCCCGUCAUCCUCACCAUGGACCACUGUGGGGAACCCAGCCCCGACAGCUGGAGCCUGCGCCUCAAAAAGCAGUCCUGCGAGGGCAGCUGGGAGGACGUGCUACACCUGGGCGAGGAGGCGCCCUCCCACCUCUACUACUGCCAGCUGGAGGCUGGUGCCUGCUACGUCUUCACCGAGCAGCUAGGCCGCUUCGCCCUGGUGGGAGAGGCCCUCAGCGUGGCGGCAUCCAAGCGCCUCAAGCUGCUUCUGUUUGCCCCCGUGGCCUGUACCUCCCUCGAGUACAACAUCCGAGUCUACUGCCUGCAUGACACCCAUGACGCACUCAAGGAGGUGGUGCAGCUGGAGAAGCAGCUGGGAGGACAGCUGAUCCAGGAGCCUCGCGUCCUGCACUUCAAGGACAGUUACCACAACCUGCGCCUAUCCGUCCAUGAUGUGCCCAGCUCCCUGUGGAAGAGCAAGCUCCUUGUCAGCUACCAGGAGAUCCCCUUUUACCACAUUUGGAACGGCACACAGCAGUACCUGCACUGCACCUUCACCCUGGAGCGUGUCAGCCCCAGCACCAGUGACCUGGCCUGCAAGGUGUGGGUGUGGCAGGUGGAGGGCGAUGGGCAGAGCUUCAACAUCAACUUCAACAUCACGAAGGACACAAGAUUUGCUGAGCUGCUGGCUCUGGAGAGUGAAGGGGGGGUCCCAGCCCUAGUGGGCCCUAGUGCCUUCAAGAUCCCCUUCCUCAUUCGGCAGAAGAUCAUUGCCAGCCUGGACCCACCCUGUAGCCGCGGUGCCGACUGGCGGACUCUGGCCCAGAAACUCCACCUGGACAGCCAUCUCAGCUUCUUUGCCUCCAAGCCCAGCCCCACAGCCAUGAUCCUCAACCUGUGGGAGGCCCGGCACUUCCCCAACGGCAACCUCAGCCAGCUGGCUGCAGCAGUGGCGGGACUGGGCCAGCCAGAUGCUGGUCUCUUCACGGUGUCAGAGGCCGAGUGCUGAGGCCAAGCAGGCCCACAAUGCCUACACUCUCACCAGCUUUGGCAGCCACCAGGGACAGACAGAAGCCGGACAGGGCCCCUUCCCCCACACUGGGGAGAGAUGUGCGGACAGGCCUCCUCCUGGUGGAUGCUGUCUCCUAACACUGGCCCUUGUGUAGUGCCCUGCCCACACUCCCACCCCUCCACGGCCUGCCUGGCCAGCCUGGCACUGCCACCUGCUAUGACUGUGCCCCAGCCCCCAGGGUCCAGGGUAGA